AUGGUCUUUGGGAAUUCCUGACAUUCCUAAAUUCCCCAGGCCCAGGUACCCUCGUGGUCUAGAGGAGAGUAGCUUGUGGCUUUGCUGCUUUUCCCCUCCCCCAGGUUUGUUGGUGGAGGGAGCUGUGCCACUCCUAUAACCCUGAGUCACAGCAGGCUAGGUAGGGCUGCUCCAAGCUGGAGUUGUUCCUGCUAAGAGCUGAGAGCCAAGGCGGUCUACUUAAUCGGAUUACCUGAGGCCUGAGGCUUGGGCUGGGCCUUGGGCUGAGUGGGAAGCAGGGUUCUCUCCUGAUAGCAACUGGGACCUAGGGUGUCCAGCCCCCAUUCAUGCUGGUUCUCUGCUCUGGAUCCAGGCCUUUUCUUCAGCAUCCACAACACUGAUCUCUGAGCCCAAGAGGAGUUGUCCUGGGGUUCCUGGCUCCCUGCCUCCCACUGUGACCCUGAAGUUUCGAGAUAAAACUGGUGGAGAAACCUUUAGGGGCUGGAGUUGGGAGAGUUUAAGUUUUCUCACCUGGAGUGGAGUUGAAUCACCACCCAAGCACCUGCUGGGGUGACUCAGGCAACAAAAAUGGCCUGUUUCCCUUUAACUGCCAGACUUUCUUGCCUCAAGGGCAGGUCAGGGGUUUGAGGUGCAAUGGGCACCAGAAAAGGGUCUGCGAUGGGGUGGGGUACUCACGAAUUCCUCUUCGCACAACUCUGACCCUGAGGGCUUUUGAUUCUCCUGUGCUUAAUCCCAUUGUGCAAAGGAAUUGAAUUUAAAUUUCCAAAGUUUAAGAAGGGAGGGGAAGACGUGCUAAAUUACUGGGGCUGGAAGGCCUGACUUCUAGGUCUUGGGUGGGGAGGGGGCGUGGCGCCCUAAGGGAGUGUUGGGGGCUGGGAAGAACGGGACACCUGGGUCUGCCUGAGGGAGGGGGUUAUUGGCGCUUUUAAGAAGGCGCGGUCUGCUGGGAGGGAGUGGGGAGGAGUCGUUAAAAGCUGUUCCUGGGCCUGACCCACCCGCCAGCCACAGACACUGAGGCCAGGUGAGAACUCCGAGGUAGCAGGGGUGGCCGCCAGGCAAGUGCGAUACUUCAGAGACAGAGCGCGACGUUGACCACCUCCAGCGAACACCGGGCUGGUGGCUAGCCGCAGGUAGGGGAAGCAGGACUGGGUUUGAGAUCGCGUGGCAUUAAGGAGAGUGCAACCUGUCCUGUACCCGGUACCAGACAGGAUUUUGCGCUCGACUUUUCCAAAGCGUGCUGGAUUGGUAGGGAUCAGGGGCUCCAGGAUAAGGACUCUGAAUUUGAAGAUGAUAUAUACUUUAUAAGGACACGAGUUUCUCUGGAACGAUUCCAGACUAGAAAGACACGCUUUAAAGAUACCGGUUUUGGGGAUCAACGUUUGGCUUUGGAGGGGAGGGUGUAGGUGCCCUCUUAAGGCUUCCCUCCACCCUCAUGGCGCUACCCGGUCCCUCACACGACCAGUCCUGGAACCUGGAACCUCCCGCUCCCACGGCCCCUACCUCCUCGUCCUCUGGCUCCCAGGAGCGGGAGGGCUCUGGGAGCCCGGUGGUCUCCGGGGGUCUUCCCUUGGAGAAGGUGAAGCGGCCCAUGAACGCGUUCAUGGUGUGGAGCUCCGCUCAGCGCCGCCAGAUGGCGCAGCAAAAUCCAAAGAUGCACAACUCGGAGAUCUCCAAGCGCCUGGGCGCGCAGUGGAAGCUGCUGGGCGAGGACGAGAAGCGGCCCUUCGUGGAGGAGGCCAAGCGGCUGCGGGCCCGGCAUCUGCGUGACUACCCGGACUACAAGUACCGGCCUCGGCGCAAGACCAAAAACUCCGGUGCCGGGGCACCCCACUUCGGCCAGGGAAGCGGCGGCGUGGCUACCAGUGGGCCGGUUUGGGGGCCCGGUUACGUGCCUACUCAGGGGAGCAGAGGCUUUGGAUACCAGCCCCCCAACUAUUCGACAGCCUACCUGCCUGGUUACAGCUCUUCCCACAGUAAACCGGAGGCCCCCUCACCAUGCUCACUCCAUCAGAGCAACCCUAGGCUCCAGGGGGAGCUGCUCCCCCCUUACAACCCCUACCUACCCCCAGGGUCUCCUACUCCGUACAACCCUCCUCUCUCAGGGACCCCCAUGCCCCUAGCCCACCUCUAACCGCCAUGAACUUGGACAACCCAGGAAGGGCUCCAACCUCCUUUUUCACCACUGCAAAACCCUUUAGCACUGUUGAACACACAGUUCAGAGCUGACUUGUGGCUCCCCAUCUCCCCACCCAUGAAUGCCAGAGGUGCAACACAACAUUUAUAUAUAUAUUUUUAGGGUGAACACAGUUUUGUAUAAUUAAA